AUGUCCAUUUGCGCAAAAUACUUCCCCAACGAGCCCGAGGCCCCCGUGGUUAAGACGGCCUUCCCGGGGCCAAAGUCUCAGGACGCUGUCAAGCUGCUUGGGCAGGUCUCGGACGCAAGACCAGUGUACUUUGUCGCUGACUACGAGAAGUCCAACGGCAACUACAUCGUCGACGUCGAUGGCAACACGUACUUGGAUGUGUAUGCUCAAAUUGCCUCCAUUCCUUUGGGUUACAACAACCCUGCUUUGGCUGAGGUCGCCAGAUCAGACAAGAUGAUUAGAGCCAUCAUUGACAGACCAGCCUUGGGUAACUUUCCAGGCAAGGAUACCGAGGAGAUCAUCCAGGGAUUGUUGAAGGUUGCCCCUAAGGGCCAGGACAAAGUGUGGUCUGCGCUUUCUGGUGCUGAUGCCAACGAGUUGGCGUUCAAGGCUGCGUUUAUGUAUUACCAGUCGAGAAGAAGAGGCUACAAUGCUGACUUCACCUCAGAAGAGACCAAGUCCGUGAUGGAAAAUCAGAAGCCUGGGUCUCCUGACUUGGCCAUUUUGUCGUUCGAGCGUGCUUUCCACGGCCGUUUGUUCGCUACCGCCUCCACCACCCGCUCCAAGCCCAUUCACAAGUUGGACUUGCCAUCCUUCAAGUGGCCCAAGGCUCAAUUCCCCUCGUACAAAUACCCAUUGUCUGACCACGUCAAGGAAAAUGAGGAGGAAGACAAGCGGUGCUUGGCUAUUGUGGAAGAUGCUUUCAAAAACGCAGUGGCUCCAAUUGCUGCCGUUUUGAUUGAGCCUAUUCAGUCUGAAGGUGGUGACAAUCAUGCUUCGCAGUCUUUCUUGCAGGCCUUGAGAGAUAUCACCAUUAAGCACGGUGCUCUCUUGAUCAUGGACGAGGUUCAGACCGGUGUUGGUGCCACGGGUAAAUUUUGGGCCCACGAACACUUCAACAUUACUCCUCCUCCAGACAUGGUGACGUUCUCCAAGAAGUUCCAGUCUGCUGGUUACUACUUCCACGACCCCGAAAUCAUCCCCAACGUAGCAUACCGCCAGUUCAACACGUGGUGCGGAGACCCAGCUAGAAUGUUGUUGGGAGGUGCCAUUGGAGCAGAAGUGGUGAAGAACGAUUUGCCUGCGCUUGUGGCUAGAGUAGGUGACUACUUGUACAAGAAACUUGAGGUAUUGGCCAAGGAAUAUCCUGAUUACAUCCACAACCUCAGAGGCAAGGACAGAGGCACGUUCAUUGCGUGGUCUUUUAAAGACGCCAGCUUGAGAAACAAGUUUUUGGCUGACUUGAAGAAGGAAGGUGUCAACAUGGGAGGAUGUGCCGAGGACUCCGUCAGGUUGAGACCUACUUUGGUGUUUGAGGAGAAGCACGCCGACAUUCUCAUUGCCGCCGUAAAGAAGGUGUUGGCGUCGUACUGA